ACUCUGUUGAACGACAUCCUGGACCCCUCAUUCUCGUUUCCUGAAAUGAUAAACCUCUGGUCAUAGCCCCAUAUUCUGCUUCCAAGAUGGAUGAACCGUCUCCUAUCCUUGAGGAUAUCAAACCUCUACAGGCUAGUUCCAGCGGAAGUGGGACAGUGUCGGCUUUGUGUUCGGCAUACCCUCAAUCGGGAGCUAUCGAUUUGUGGGCCCGACCCGGCGUGCUGUCCUGGACGCCCCAGGGACAGUUCGUAUGCCAUAGCUCGGGACAAGUCACCAUCGCCACACCAUAUCAUCCCGCCCCUCCUUAUGUUCCAGCCCAUUCUCUAUUAUGCCAGAAACCCAUCCCUCGUCCCCGCCAGAUCGUGAUCUCCGAUUUUACCGCAACGGUUCCCCCAGAGACGGACCAAGCUUUUCCGAUGCAUAUCAACAAGUUCAAUGUUGACCGGAUAGAUGCAGCGGUUGAGAACAAUGUGGAGGUUGUGGACAUAUACGAUAACGAUGCUGCAACCUUUUAUAGGCCAAGAUCAUACCAUAUCAAGGGCAUAUGUACCUCGCCGGCGCAUCUGUCAAAGUCGGGCAGCCCGAUCAUCGCCGUCCUCAGCUCCAGUUUAAACCUGGCUCUCUAUACCUUUCUUGGAGCGUCCGGUUCCAUCUCGGGUGCAGAGAAGAAGCUGGUGAACGUUACUGCAGAGCAAUUGCGUUUACAGGGCGCAAUACCUGAGCCGGGAAAUUUCGACGAGGCAAGCGAAGAGCUUAAGGCGAAUUACCGGGCGAGGUCGGCAGAGUUGAGGACUAAUUGUAUCGCUUGGUCGCCGGCGCCGUGUUUUGGCAGACCGGUCGGGUUAGUCCCAUCCGGGUCGUUAUUGGCUGUCGGGAAUCGAAAGGGGCAGAUACAAUUAUGGAGUGUGAACAACGACGAAGGAGUAGAACGGAUAUGGACAGGUGAUGUUGGCGGCGACGCAUGGGUCACGGAUCUGUGCUGGUCAGACUGGGAGCCGAUUGAUACUACCACUUGUCAAGCCAAGUUGGCAUUCGUAGCACCUGGGAAGGGAGUCCAGAUGAUUCGGGUGACAAGAUGCUAUCAGAACGAUGGGCAUCUAGACAUGCAGACAGGCGAGGUAGAGCGGAUGGUCCCUGCCGACAAAAGGGCCAUCAAGGGGAUGAAGUGGGUGCACGGAGUGUUGGUGGUGACGAAAGUGGGAAUGCUUCAAGUGCAUCUACCAGGACCGGGAGCAGGCACCGUCAAGACGUUGGUCUUGAGCAAGGUUGGGACUUGGACAGGGUGCACGAGUAUGAGCCCUUGCGGGGGUAUCGGUGCGCUUUACAAUGACGCCGCCCUCAUCAGCCUUUGGUCUGGAGAAGUCCACAUCGUCCGCAACCUGACCACCGACCCCGUCAUUGACUUGGAGGCCUCAAUCGCAUCGUCCCGUGCGGUAUUCAAGAGCAUCAAAGAGCUCGAUCAGCAGAUUGUCGAUACCCAACGAGAGAAGCAGGGCGGAGAACUUCGAUUCACCGAGCAUUUCACGGAAGACAUGACUCUCCGAAUGACAGGGGCCGACACGCACGGGACGUUGUUGGGCAUCAUGUUCGAGCCUAUGGCGCAGAACGAUCUGAGAAUGAUACGUGAUGGAUCUCAGCAGCACUGGGUGACUGUCAUCGACUUGGUCAGAACACUGGGUGAAGGUCUUGCGGUAGACCAUGAUGCAGGUGGAAUUCCUCGCGAUGCGUCACCUGCUUCGCGACUGUUACCAUAUCUUCCUCGUUGGUAUAACGGUCCAGAUGCCCUUGAGGCGGAUGAACCGACUGAAGACGUAGAGAUGACUUUGCCGGAGGAGUCUGAGGCAAAUAUGAACGAUGCGGACCAUACAGAUCUGCACAGAUCGUUGCGAUAUGAUCUCUUAUCGUCCGCUGCUGCUCGGAAGGAACAGCUUGCAACCGUGAGGCAGCUCUGGCAAUCCACGUUCAAGAACGACGUCGUCCAAGCCAUCAAUGCCAUUGCCCAGCGCACAAUCAGUAUCAAACGAGCCGUGCUCGACUUCUUCAUCACAAUUCUGCACCGGCAUCCAGAACUUGUGACCGACAAUGCUCCCUUCAUUGAAAGCUGGACAAUAUCAGUGCCAACGUCUCGAGGCCUGGACGAAGCAAUACUGCGAUUAGCCGCUACAACUGGGGGCUCGAAAGACAAGGUGGAGGAGGUGGAGACAUGUCCCAUCUGCGAGGAGCUACUCGUCUCGCAUUCCGGUGAUAACAGGGUCAAUGCUGAGGGGGAGUUCCGGUGCAGCAUGUGGCAUAUCUGGAAGCGAUGUGAUCUGACGAGACGAGUAAUCAAGGAUGGAGCGGUUCGUACAUGUUACACUUGCAGGAAACAGGUGUUGAAGCCGGAAACGGCUGAUCAGAGGGAGGGAGUAGAAGAUCUGGCUCAGGCCGUACUACGAGCUGCGACUGCUUGUCCUUGGUGCGGUAGCGAUUGGACUUGAAUUAGACAUUUUAUACAUGCGGUUACGAGGAUACCGGAUGAGCGCGUCCAAUCUGGCGAUGAUCUCAUGGGGCCUCGGCGAUCGGCGUUGUGCCUGACCAAGCGCGCCCAUCUCGAAUCUCGACGUGGCCAUCCUUGGCGAUCGACGAUACUACUCGUUACUUAAACUACUUGCAACGUGAAUUACUUGCUUUGCUUGUCAAGGUCUCUGGUCUAACCGGUAUGACUACUACGAGCACUCAUAUCUUAGCUGUACGGGAUCCCCAAUCGUCCACAUCUUCCAUAAUGCCCUAUCGAUCCGUCUUCAGCUUGAGCCCAACCGCGAUGUCUUUGGGAUGGUCGCUGUCCUUUCUGGUAAAG